GCCUCACCCUCAUCUUUCAUUUCAUUAUUUUCUCGAGGGUCAGACUCGGGACCCCCAAACCCUAAUCAUCUCACCCGACCUCGAACGCAAAACAUCACCCAGAAAAAAUGCAGAAUCACAGGCUGAAGCAGCAGCAACAAGCUUUGAUGCAGCAAGCUCUUCUUCAGCAACAGUCUCUGUACCACCCUGGCCUCCUAGCUCCUCCCCAGAUUGAACCAAUUCCAAGUGGAAAUCUGCCUCCUGGUUUUGAUCCAAGUACUUGCCGCAGUGUGUACGUUGGGAAUAUACAUACACAGGUAACUGAACCACUUCUCCAAGAAGUUUUUGCAAGUACUGGCCCAGUUGAAGGUUGUAAACUUAUCAGAAAGGAGAAGGUAGGUUUUGCAUAUGUAUCUGGUUAUGUUUUGUUUGGUUCAUUUAGAGUAUCGUCUGAGUUCAAGUUUUUCUUUGAUGGCUUGGCAUCUUUUAUGCAGUCUUCCUAUGGAUUCAUCCAUUACUUUGAUCGAAGAUCAGCUGCUCUUGCCAUAUUAACUCUCAAUGGAAGGCACUUAUUUGGGCAGCCCAUCAAAGUUAACUGGGCAUAUGCUAGCGGUCAGAGAGAGGAUACAUCAGGUCAUUACAACAUAUUUGUUGGUGAUCUCAGCCCUGAGGUCACUGAUGCUACAUUGUUUGCUUGCUUUUCUGUUUACCCCAGUUGUUCAGAUGCAAGGGUAAUGUGGGAUCAGAAGACUGGGCGUUCUAGGGGGUUUGGUUUUGUUUCAUUUCGUAAUCAACAGGAUGCUCAAAGCGCAAUAAAUGAUUUGACUGGCAAGUGGCUUGGUAGUAGGCAAAUUCGCUGCAACUGGGCAACAAAAGGUGCUGGUUCCAAUGAAGACAAGCAAAACUCUGACACUAAAAGUGUAGUUGAACUAACAAAUGGCUCAUCAGAAGAUGGUAAAGAGACAACUAACAGUGAUGCUCCAGAGAACAAUCCUCAAUAUACUACUGUUUAUGUGGGCAAUCUUGCUCCGGAGGUUGCCCAGCUUGAUCUCCAUCGCCACUUCCAUGCUCUUGGGGCAGGAGUGAUAGAGGAGGUUCGUGUCCAAAGGGAUAAAGGGUUUGGAUUUGUGAGGUAUAGUACUCAUGCCGAAGCAGCUCUGGCUAUUCAGCUGGGAAAUACCCAGUCUAUUCUCUGCGGCAAACUAAUUAAGUGCUCCUGGGGCAGCAAGCCCACUCCACCAGGAACCGCAUCAAAUCCUCUGCCCCCACCUGCAGCUGCCACUCUGCCAGGCCUCUCUGCAACUGAUCUUCUGGCAUAUGAGAGACAGUUGGCGAUGAGCAAGAUGGGUGGUGUACAUGCUCUUAUGCAUCCCCAAGGACAGCACCCUCUUAAACAGGCGGCAAUUGGAGGAAGCCAGGCAAUAUAUGAUGGUGGGUUUCAGAAUGUUGCUGCUGCCCAACAAAUGAUGUACUACCAGUAAUAUAAAGGCUUCUCAUUCCACUAUGGUUUAAUGCUAUCUCUAUCCAACCAUGUGCACUUCGAUCCGUGUGUAAUGCUAUCUAGGGAGCACGCUCUUCUGUCCUUUUUUUCUCCUUUCUUCCUUUUCUCCGCGUCUUUCUGUGGUGGGGUGGUUACCCCCACCAUAUUAGAUGUGUUCAACAUUUGUACGGCUUGUAUCAUGUAUGCGGUUUUCUCUAUGUAGCAGUGAUGAGUGGUAUAUGAUUUUUAGAGGGUAUGGCCGUUCAGUUAUUUUUAUUUGAGCCCAUUAUUUCUUCUCUAUUCCUUUUGGUGUCUUCACGGACACAGCAUGUAUGUAACAUUGUGCGAUGGUUUUAUCCUAAUGCCAUCACUUGUCAAGGGGCUCUUAUAUCUAGUGAAGUCUUUGGCUCAA